CUAUAAGUAGUGGGUUUGAAUACAUGUUAACUGCUUAAUUGGCGGCUUUUGUAUAUGCGUAGGCGAUUUUACUAAUGACGAAUGCAAAUGAGCUCUUCGUUAGUAUAUGGGACAGAAUUUAAUGGAGAGCCAUUUAGUGAAGUAUGUCGGCAAUCUAUUGGCAGCCAAAUAAAUAAACAGUCACUAAAGUAGUUUAAAUACGGGCAGUUAUGAAAGAAUAAGGCAUCAAUUUUAUUCACACACAGCAAAUUUUACAUUGGACGAAUUUCCUUGCAAUCAAGGUUUACCACACCAAAAUCUAUCAUGUUCAACACUUUAUAGGAACAUCUUAUAUAGAUUUACAACAAAUUUCACGAGUGCUUGACUGAUUCAAGUGGUUCAGAACGAAUAGAUGGUGAUCUAACAGUUAUGAACUGAGAUUUAACCUUUCGUGGACUACAAUUUUUGACGAAUUGAGUUUCUUGGAUAUGCCUAAUACGAGAUCAAAGAACCGUAACUUUGUUUGUACGAAGUCCAAGUAUAUGCGCUCUGAAAAAAACGACGAUACUGAAGAAGACGACGUAAAAUUGUCAGGAAGUGCUAUAAAUGGAUUGAGAAAUUCUCUUGGAACUACAACGGGACAUUCACGACAGGGGGGCAGAGAUACAAAAGAUUUGGACGACUCUCUUGAAUACAAAGUAAAUACAUGUGAACGGAAUUUUGCAACAAAAAGUCGAAAGGCUCAAACUGAAGAGACAUUACGUUGGCUUGAAGAGAAUUACGUCAUGUGCGAUGGGGUGUGUCUGCCAAGAUGUAUACUUUACGCCCACUAUCUGGACUUCUGUCGUUUACACAAACUGGAAGCAGCCUGCGCAGCCACAUUUGGAAAGACAAUCAGGCAAAAAUUUCCAGAGCUUACAACUAGAAGAUUGGGAACGAGGGGACAUUCCAAAUAUCAUUAUUAUGGCAUUGGUAUUAAGGAGACUUCUACUUAUUACCAUUCUGUGUAUUCUGGUAAAGGCCUGACCAGAUUUUCAGGCACAAAGAUGAAGAACAAGGGUUCGUUUCUAAGGAAAUACUCUCCAAGUUCUCGGACAGGAACUUUGUUGCCAGAUUUUCCCAACCCUAAAAUUCUUCAAUUACCGGAAAUGACGCCGAUGGAAAAGGUGGAAACAUUGAUCAUUAUGUACAAGACUCAUUGUCAGUGUAUACUCGACACUGCCAUCAACUCAAAUUUCAACGAAAUCAACAGUUUUUUACUACAUUUUUGGCAAGGAAUGCCGAAUCAUCUGCUUCCAAUAUUACAAGUUGAAGUUGUCGCUAAUCUAAUUUGUUUAUGUGAUUCAAUUUUAUAUAAAGUCCUUAUUGAUGUUCUAAUUCCUAGCACGAUGCAGGACAUGCCGGAAGAUUUGUUAUCAUCAGUCAGAUGUUUUGCUCGUCAUAUUGAGAAAUGGGUUAAAACCUCUCUUGAUAAUUUUCCAGAAUACUUGGUUGGAUGCAAACUACAAGUUGCUCGCCAGUUCUCACUCUCCGUACGACGUCAAACGUCUUUCCUUCAUCUUGCUCAGACUGCUAGGCCUGUAAUUCAGGACAACGAAACGGCAGAUCAAAUGGCCAGUGACUUAGAACAAGUUGAUUUAAACUGUCUUGGAGCUGAGGCGAUGUUCACUUCGUACAAUGAACUCAAUAAAAGCAACGAUAUUGAUAAGGAAGUGCUGGAUAUGUUGAAAACGUUAUUAGAGAGGGCAGCGCCUGUUGAAGAUUAUGUUGAAUGGAUGGACAAGAUUGUUGAAAGACGACUUAUAAAGCCUGAGCUAGAGUUUGAAGGAGAUUUCAAGAGCAAAGCUCAGGAGUUUCUACUCCAGUGGUCUUUUACUGGUGGAAGACUGAUGCAUAAUCUCACGUUGAAUAAUUGCACAAGCUUUGGUUCGUUUCAUCUCUUGCGCAUGCUCAUGGAUGAAUACAUGUUACUUGCAAUUGAAGCAAAAUUAAAUGACGAUUACGAGGAAACCAUUCAAGAAAGUCUCGAUAAACAUCUUAAAGAAGAUAGUAGCGUCAACAAGUCAAUUCGUAUGACAUCAUUUAGUACAAAAACAAAGUUUACUGUGCCAGCGACUAAGUCGAAAGGGAAAGAUCUAAACAACAACAACAGCAACACGAAGCCAAGAGGUGUCACCAAACCGCUACAAACAAGGAAAAAAUCCUCCAGUCAAAGGCUUUCAUCUCUUAAUUGGUUCCAAAAUGGUCGGAGGCGCAGAAGAAAGUUAAAUGAUGGAAACGAGUACAAAAACCAUUCUCCGGGGACAACUGCUUUGACACCUCCAGUGUCACCGUUGUACAACCUGCAAAAUGGUCAGCCCUCAAAUUCUGUUGCCUGGUAUUAUUCUGACGCGCAACCCGAAGUUGUGGAUUAUGAGGCAUUUGAAGGGAUAACUACGCCUCAGGCUGUUCAACCGAGCCACGAAGCGAUAGACGACCUUGUCAGCGAACAUUUUCGUAAUUGUGGUGUGAACCCUGAUUCUGUCACAGCAUCAGAGGAUUACAAUGAUGUGUUUCGCGAUCAGGAAAAUUACGCGCUUGAUCAUGUCACAAAUAGACAAUCCCUCAUGCAACAGGUCUCCGUCUCAAAUGGCGCUUAUCCAAUCUACAACCAAAAUAUUAUACACAAGUCACCCCAGCCAUCAGCACAGAUCCCUCCCUACCCUCUGAUAGCUUCCCAAAAUAGUUAUCAAAACAACAGACUGCACCCACACCAGUCAAUGAUCUUUUACCCAGACGGAAACACAUCUGAGAGUAUAAAUCAGGAACAUUAUACACCAUUUCCCUACGAUGAUGACGCGGAAAUGGGAGGCUCGGUAGACAACCUGUUUGGAGGAGCAUGCGCGUUUGAUAAUGAAGAUGAUGUUGGAGACACAAGUUCUCUACCAUCAAUAAACUCUCUUCUUAGUACCGCAGUUCAAAUGUUCUGAAGUUAAAGGAUAGAUUUUAUCUUGCAAAAUAACCAGAGAACUCGCGACACAACGUCUUAAAAGUACAUAGUCGACAUCAUCAGUACAUAGUUGGCCGAAAUAAUUAAACGAAAUUCAGCAGCAGCAAGACAAGCAUUAUAGCUAUCAGAAUAUAUAUAAUUCUUGUGAAUAUAAAAUUUAUAUGACAAUGAUUUUAGGGAAUAAAUAUAUUUGGUUCAA